CGGGAAUUUUGCCCUUCGAGGUCGUUUCAAGGUUAUAUGCUGGUAUGGCGGAAGGAAAGCUAAAAAUCGGUUCUCGCGUUGAGGUGACAGGAAAGGAUGUUGUUGGUACCAUAGCAUAUAUUGGAACAACACAAUUUUCUCCUGCUUACUCUUCUGGAUGACCAAGAUGGAUCAAGCACAAUGGAUUUAUCUAUUUCAAGCGUUCUUUCAGAAUCAGGCACAACCUCAGAAUCUAGUACAUCUAGGUUGUCAUUAGGUGAAACUCCUAAACGUACGGGUUCUUCAACUUCUUUAUCCAGCAGUUUAAAACCUGAAAUGGCAAAAGGUAUUACAUUUUGCAGUCCAUUUUUCAAAAUAUUCUUUCAGGACUGGUUUCUCCGACCCUAAUGCUAUUGAUAAACACUCUGGUUCGCUCUUUUAUAAGUUGAUAUGUGACCGAUAUAAAUAUCUCAUUACUGGUUACUAGUUUGAUUCUGUCGUAGUUGCCAAUCAAAUGUCUAGUGACACAAUUGCUAAAUUAUCUCACAUUGUAGUGCUCUGUCCUACGAUUGGUUAAUAUACCAGGUAUGUCUGUGUACCGAGCUCUAAAUUACACAACAUAUUAUUGAACCUGGUGCUUAAUAACUAAAAGUGGAGCCCUUUAAUUACUAAGAGACCGCUCCUCUUGCGAUUGUUUCACAAACCUCAAUCGUCCUUCAGGUAUCUUAGUCAGUCACAACGUGGAACGUGGCAUGUAUGUACAUCAGUCCAAGUCGACACACUCCAUUAUUACAUAAUAAUGAAAUUUUCAACCCGAAUUUCAGGAUAGUAGAGUUAGUAACAGUAUGAGUGAUACAAUUUAAAAAAACGUAAUUUAGUGAAGUGAAAAUACAAAGAAAAAUAGUUAUGAUGGAUUCAGAAGGUUGGAACUCGGGGGGGGGGAAUAAUGGAUGCACCUACACCAUUGCAAACGAUUUUGAUCCAUAUCAUUCAAAGUCUCUAACCAUUGGUCCCGAUAAUUAUGCGGACGCCAACCAGGUAGUUUACAUCUAUUAACAUGGCUUAGUCUACUUGUCAGUGACUUCAUGAGCUGAUGCUAUGUUUUGAUAUGGCCGCCGCUAGCUUUCUUCAGCAAGUAUCUAUCUCCAAUGUUAACCUAGUCAUCUCCCGUCAGUCGUGAUUUUCUAUUUACUCCGUGAAAUGAUAAAGUUUCACGUACGCAGCUAUCAGAUCUCAGUUCUGUGGUCGAGAAGUAAAAUAGUCUCUUUGUCACACGAAAACUCUGAGUUCGAUGUCAAAAUAGGUAAGCAGUGUGGAGUUUUGCUGGAUUUUAUCAUUGUAACAAAACGGUUGUUGAUCAGUCUCUCAUUUUGAGUAGUUCUUCAUGUCGUAGUUGCUUCAGACUUUUUUAAAAUAUUAUUUCAAUAUUUUACAAAGUUUUUUCUUUCCUUUUUUUAACCCAUCUACCACGAAAUUCUAAUAUCAUGCAUCUACAGGACGAACUUUAAAGUCACCAGCUCUCAAGCGCUCUUCUUUAGCUAGUUCAACACCAUCAGUGAAGGAUAAGCCUAAUCUACCUGCCUCAACGGGGAGACGUACGUUCUGUUUUCGUUGAGUGCAUGUUGAGAAACGCGCAUAUUCAUUAGCUCUAAUCUUACAUUAUCUAACACCCAUAAUAUGCCUAUAAUUAACUCCUUAAUCCUGAUGACUAAUAUUUAAACGUGUAUCCUGUCCUAAUUUUUCUAUCUACACUACUAUCCACUUAUUUUUUAUAGGUCCACCUGAAAUCAGAAAAGCGUCGCAACCUGCAUUAAAGAGACCUAGUAUGGUAAGAUUGAUUUUUUCUUCCUUAAAAAAAAACAACAACAGUACACUCAAAAGCUAAUUGAUGCGCUAAUGUAAAUCUGUUAUAUUUGACCUAAAAAUCUUAAGGUUUUAAAUUGUUUUAUUUUGCAGUUUGGUAAAUUGUAGCUGGUUUAACUUACUUACUUGCUUACUUACGCCUGUUACUACUUUUAGCUGUGUUAACGGAUCAGUAUAAAUGAAAUCCUUUUUCCAAAAUGUUCUUGAUAGACACUUUUUUCUUACUAUAUAAUUACUUCAUUAUCUUACAUAUUAGGCAAUUUUUGUCAAGGAAUAAGACCUUUUACCUUUGGAGUUCAAAAAAUAAUAGCGGUAUUUAUUCAUUGAAUUUACUGAUUCUCAAAACCUUGUUCAUUAUGGUAUAAUACUUUUCUAACUGUUCCAAUAAUUGAGAAGAUUUUUGUUAUUAACUGUUUGAGUAAACUAACUUCUAAUUUGGGGUACUAAUUGAUACGAUAAACAGAAGUCAAUUUUAUUGAUUCAUUUUCAGAGAGAGAGAGCGAUUAGUCCUGAUAUUUAAAUCUUAACUUCAUUGACACUUAAGUGGUCUAUUUAAGUUUAUAUCGUUCAGUGGUCUCUGUUUCAAUCGACUUCUAACUCUGCUUAUAUAUUUAAUAUUUUUUAAAAUAAUAAUGCGAUUUUACUAAAGUAGACGUUUGUUCUUCUGGUUAGGGAUCAUCUAUUCGAUAUCGAAUCACUUAGGGGUUGGGAGAGUAGUUGUUUCAAUAACCCAAUCUCUUGAUACAGCCAUCAAUCAUCCAUAAUGUAUGACUGUAUUUGAUCUAUCGACUAGUAUUCUGUUCGUUCAUUUUAACAGUUAUUGCGUUUUAAAAUAACAUUCAAAUAAUUGUUCUAUUGAUAAGCUUGAUUUUAUUUUUUAAUAACUUAUCGUUGUAUUUACUGUUUUAUUUAUAAAUGUAAGUCAUGGAUAUUUACUGUGGAAAACUAUCUCGAAUAAGACUUAUGUUCAUCACUGUAUACCUUCCUGUGAUUUUUCUUUCGCAAGAUUGAUAAGUCUUGUGAAUUGAACGCUAUAUUCAUCUCCUAAGCUAUUCUGUAACCCCCAAGCUAGAACUAUGUAGCGACGAGAGAAGACGCAAUGUAUGCGAGAAGUAGUUUACUCCAAAGUUCAUUUCAAUACAGAAAAUACAGGGUUUUUAUAAUAUUUUCAAUGUCCUUGGGCUAUUAGAAGAUUCUGGAGUGCUACUAAACAUAGUAGCAGUGUAGCAAUCAGCCAAUCAAAACCUCUGCAUGUGACGUUUCACUUCCUUGAUGUUUUUGACUAAAACUUCAAGUGAACGCUGAUUGGAUGAAACGCUUCCUAGUGUUUCCUGAUGCUUGCUUGUCUUUUGCAAACAAUUUUCUGGAUCACUCCAACACUUGCUAUGUAUUGAAUGAAAAUUACCUUAAAAUUUCUAAUAUAAGCUAAUACUAUUAAUCAGUAUUUCAGUAGUCUGUUCCAUUCUUAUAUGAUCCAAGGGUUAUUUCCUAAGGAUUAGUAACUCGUUUAUUACAAAUCUUCAUUUUCAUUAACUUGAAACAAAUAUUAUUUAUUUUUAUUCAAUACUACUUAUUAAUCUCAUAAUUAGUUUCUCUCUGAACAGCAUUUUAUGCUGUUCGAAGAACAUACCUCCAGACAAUGGUCGAUUUGUUCCAAAUUAAGUGUUAAUUACUGUUGGAUGUUUAAUCCAUUACAUUUUAUUAGGUAAAUAUCUAAUUAAUAAUCAUUUUGUAUUUUCUAAUUCUGCUCGCUUUUUUUAAGUUUAUAAGUCAUACAUUUAUAACAUGUUAAUUAUUUCUGAUUAGUUGUAUGUAUGUAUUUUUGUUCGAUAACUGUAUUUCUAGAAUGUUUGGUAUACCACAACAUAUCUAUACGAUCGUCUAAUCUUGUUUUACUAAUCUAUUUUUUACGUCUCCCAUUCUCUUCAUUGGUCAAGAACAAUAAUAUUCACUACUAUUUUUGUUUGCUUUAUUUUUUCAAGAUCUCAUCAACUGGAUCCAAUCCAGAUCUGGUACAAAGUAAUGUAGCACCAAUUUCAAAAAGUGAAAGUCCUCUCAACAAAUCCACUGAAAGUAAAUCUGUUAAAGAAUCCAUUCAACCUAGUGGUGAUACAUUGCCGAAAACCAUUUCAUCAACUAUAAAAACAAGUGAUCCAAAACUACCGACUACUACUGAUAGUAGCAAAAUACCUGAAGUUUCAACCAUUGCAGGAGCUAGUGAUAUUAAAAUAAUUUCACAAAAACUAGAGCUUGAAAAUAUAUCUAUUAAGCAUAAAGACAGUUCUCAUAAAAUACCAAGAUCGUCUGUUGUUAGUCCAUCUGCUGUUGUAUCAAGCGACGGUGGUGGUACUCAUUCACCAGACACAGAAUUGGAGCUAACUAAUCUACGCGCCGAAAUAACAACACUACAUGAUCAAAUUGAAGCCUUAAAAAUGAAACGAGAAGAAGAUAAAACCAGAAUACAAGAAUUGGAACGUAUCAAGAUUCAAUUUACCCAACUCGAGGAAAAUCGACGUUUAAUGAGAGAACAAGCAGCUGAAUUACAACGUGAAAUUGCGCAAUUAAAAACAGAAAAAGCUGAAAUUAAAGAAGCAUUUGAUCGUUAUCGUGAUGAAGUAGCUGAAAUGGUUGAAAGUGUGGAAAUGGCUACAUUAGAUAAAGAAAUGGCAGAAGAAAAAUUAGAAUCAUUAACUACAGAAAUUGAAUUAUUAAAAGAACAAGUAGAAGAAUUGACACUUGAAAAUCAAAUUUUAAAAGAAGAAUCUGAAGAGAAAGGAGGAGCAACCACUUUACCUGGUGCAGAUGGUGGACCAACUCCAUUACAAUUGAAAAAUCUUGAACAACAAAAUGAACGAAUGAAACAAGCACUUGUUAAACUAAGAGAUUUAACUAAUCAAGAUAAACAAGAAAUAACUGCUUUAACUAAACAAAUUACAUCUUUGGAAUCUGAAAUUAAUCAACUUCAAACAGAGAAAGAACGUCUAACUAACGAUUUAAAAGAAAGUAUUGAACAAACUAUUGAAUUGAAAGAACAAGUAGACGCUUCACUUGGUGCUGAUACAAUGGUUAGUCAAUUGACACAACGUAAUCUAGAAUUGGAAGAAAUGCUUGAAAAAGUUAAAGAGGAAAGAAAUGAUUUGGAAAUACUAUGUGAAAUGAAUGAUGAAUUACAAGAGAAUAGUCGUGAAACUGAGCUUGAACUUCGUGAAGAAAUUGAACGAGCGAAUACACAAAUAAAUCAACUUGUACGUCACUUAGAUGCUACACGUGAAACCAUUGCAGAUUAUGAACAAACAUUAGGUAAAUUUAGAGAUUUAGUCGCCGAUUUACAAACUCAAAAUUCUGAUCUUCAACGAUCAUUAGCUGAUGGAAAACGUUUACAGGAACAACAACAACAACUACAUUCAACAGUUGCAACAGAAUUUGCUAGUUCUGCAGUUCCAUUUAUGGGAACCAAGUUUGGUGCCACUUCUCAGGCACAAACUCUUGCUAAAGUGAUUGAAGCUGAAUUGAGACGUCUUGAAGCAGAACAAAGUGCAAAUCAUGUAACUCGUUUAUCUGCUUUUCUUCCGGAUUCAUUUUUACGACGUGGUGGUGAUAAUGAAGCAUUAUUAGCUCUUCUCUUAAUCGAUCGUCUAACUGGAAAGUGUGACCUAUUAGCUAACCAUCUUGUUGAACGUUAUCCUUUACCCCCAUGUGUACCUGGUCAAACAUCAUUGCAACUUCCUCAAACAGAUAGCAAUGCUGUAGAUAGUCAAACGACUACUGUUAGUGGAAUUUGUAUUCCAGGCACUGAUAAUCCAUUACCACCAUUAACUAAAAGUAAAGCCGAAUUUUACAGUUUCAUAACAAGAUUAAUUCAUUUGCUUCGAUCAAUGGGCUCUUUAUUAAAUCAGUACAAGCAAAUCUUUACAGGUUGCAGUGUUGAUCUGUAUUUGAAAUUUGGUUCUUUAUACAAUGAAAUGUGUGUUCAUGAACACUGUAUUGAUCGAUUAAUAGAACAAACUAAAAAUGAUCAAUUAGAUGAGACAAUAUCAUUAGAAUCAUUGAUAACAUCAUUUAAUUAUUUCAUUCAAUUAUAUAAUGUUCAUUUGAAAAAUGAACCAUUAUUUAAUUGUAAUAUUAAAUUGAUGGAUUUUACACGAAUAAUUUUAUCUGCAGUUGAUGCUUUAUCAGUUGAUUCUAUGGCUUUAAUGAUAUUAACAGGAAAAGAUGUUGAUUGUUUAUUAAAAAUAGCCAAAACUGCUGUUUCAAAUGUUUCUGGUCCAUUAAGUAUGGGUAGUAUGGAUGAAGUUGGUUCAUUGUUAUUGUUAAAAUCUUCAUGUAGUAACGAUAAUAAUGAAGGAUUAAUUAUUCUUCUUAAUGAAUUAGUACAUUUUGCUACAACUGUACGUGUAAUUAUACGUCGAAUAAAACGAAGAAUUCCAAAUAAACCUAUUGGUCAACAACCAUUAUCAUUUAAUCAAGAUGUUGCACAGAAAUUAGAUACAGUUAUUCAAUUAUUUGAUUCAAUUGUUGGAACUAUGUACACAACAACUCGUUUGGCAGGUCAAUUAACAGUUCGUCAAGUGGAAGAUUCAUCCAAUCUUGAACCAAAUGUUGUAUUUACUCAAUGUUUAACAGAAGCUUGUAAAGAAUACUUAACAUCCAUUGAUCUUCGAACUAGUAGUACUUCACGUUCUAGUGUUAUUUCACCAGAAAUAUUAGUUCGUACUAAUCUAAGUCAAAUUGCUCGUAUUAUUAGUCAAAUAGCAAUAGCAAUGGAAAAUGGUGAAUAUGAUUUUGAUGGAACUAAACAACCAUUGCCUCAAGAGCCAGUUGUUGCACGUGCCAUCGCCUAUAAACGUGCACAAACUGAAUUAGAAGGAUGUCGUGCUAAAUUAGAAAGUCGAGGUGAAGAACUACGUGAAUUACAAAAAGCAUUAAAAGCACGUGCUGAUGAGCUUAGUGAAAUGUCUGUUCGUGUUAGUUUAGCUGAGAAAAAGUUAGAAACUGCAGGAAAAUCGAAUGAAGAGAAAAUUUCCCGAUUAGAACAACGUUUAGAACAAUCAGAAGCUCAACAGAAACGUAAUGAAAAAGAAUAUGAACAAACCUUAGAUGCACUUCAAGCGGAUAUUGAAUCUUUGGAACAAGAAAAAGCAGAUCUUAAAGAAAAAUUAAAAACACUCAGUAAAAAAGCUUUAUUUGAAGGAAUUAUUAAAUCUCCACUGCUUCCAAGCACAACGCAAUCUAAAACUCAGCCUUCAACAACAGGCUCUACCACUACUUCAGCUCCUGCACCUGAUAGGCAAACUUCAAUCGAGUGUACAUCACCUUCACCUGGUCCAGCUCGUUUGGCUGCUUACCGAGAUGCUUCAUUGAUGGCAAUGGAGAUCGAAGCUCUCCGUGAAGCUGUUCGACGUUUAUCUUCUGAAGUGUCCAAACUUCGUGGUGAGAAGAUGCUUGAACAACUUAAGAGCUUGGGUUCUUUACAAAAACCUUCACGUCGUCAAGAGCCUAUUAUUGUAGAUGAUGACACUUCUGAUAAAGAGAAUAAAUCAUCCUCACCUAUGCAAGAACACAAAUCUGUCCUACCACAAAUUGUCCAUGAUGCAAAUGUACUACGAAAAGAAAUUUUCUCUGUACUUGCAAAUCCUCAAGUUGUUCGUUUGCCUAAAUUAUUGUCAAAACAAGUUUCAGAGAUGCCUAUUUCAGAUUCUGGAGAUGAUGGAUCAACUUCUACUAUACAACCGGUUAAAGUUGUUCAACCCAGUGCUACAAUUCAGUUUAAUAGACAAACAGUGAAAUUAGUCAAAUUGAAAAAUGAAUUAGAAAAGUUACAACAACGUGCAUUUGAUGCAAUUAAAACUGAAAUACCAAAUACAUUAAUUCAAGCAGAUUUCACAUCAUUUCCAUCAGUGAAAAUGAAACAAUUAUUAAAUUUAUCAAAUAUUAAUGAAACUACAUCAUUACAUUAUCGUUUAUUAUUUCCUGGUGGUAGUACUACUACGACUACUACUACUACUACUAUUGAUGAUAAUUGUGAAACUAUGAAUACAGCAAAAAUUUCUAUGACAAAACAAGAUCUACAACAUUUACAUUCAUAUUUGUUAAGAGUUUAAAAAUAAUGAAUUAAUGGGUGGUAUCAUUUGUUUAUUUAAUGUUAGUGUUUUUUUUCUUUUUUUGGGGGGGGAAGGGGGGUUUCUAGACUUAUUUGAAUGUGUUUCUUGUAUCCUAUGGUGAGAUAUGUAAUGUGUAUUGAAGAUAUAUAUAUAUAUAUGCAUAUUCAUAUGAUUAUAUCCAAGGAGAGAAGUAUUCAUCAUCCUGAUAUUUCAUUAUUCUUUGUUUCUUCUUCUUCUUCUUCACUGUUUUCAGUUAUUUUUAAUAAGAUAUUUUACUUAUCUGUAAUGUUUAUUUUUCGGUUUUAUGGUUUAAUUUAUUACUGAUCAUGAUAUAAAACAAUAAAUAAAUUGAAAUGAUG